AUGGCCACCUCUCCCGACGACCGUGUCUUGCAAUAUCCCGAGUCGGAUGUGGUAGCUUUGAUCCUCGAGAGCCUUAGCCUCGAGCGGCAUCCCGGCAUCGUGCGGCUGUCGAAUCGAUAUUUGGCAAAAGCAUACGACCCAGCCUCUGCCAAAGAUACUCUCGAGGCCUCCAUCCUCAAGAUGAGGUCCGUCACGUCGAAAACCGCCUGCUCAUUCGUUACGGGCAAGUGCCGGUCGUCCUGGUUGGACGAUUACUUUGGCCUGCCUCCGAGAUCGAUGCCCAAGGACAUCUCGGCCUUUUUAGCCUUCCGGGUCGACUUUUUAUCCAUCCGGCAGGAAUUUUAA